CUAUAUAUAAAUGUUGUUAUAUCGGCGAAGGCGUAUAGCCAACCUGUCUUUUGAUAUAUUCAGAAAUAGUAGUGCAAGACAAACAAACGACAAUCUUAAAUAGACAGAGAAAACAACUAUGCACCCUGGUUCUUUUAGGCCCCAUUUUGCCCUCUCUCUCUUUCUGUCUUGCAUUGGUGCUUAGAGAACCCACAUCUCUUGAGGGGUCAUCUUUCCUUUUGUUUAUCUCUCUGCCUUCUCUUUAUCCCUAGGAUCUUCCCUAAGCCCAGUCGCAUCUCCAAUUCACAGCUUCUCAUCUUAAGGCAUUGUGAUCCCAAAGAUCUUGUUCUAUAUAGAUCCCGGUCCUUUGGAGAUUUCUAGCACGAUAUCCCAAUUUUUGUUCAUAAAAUGGGGGUACCCUUAUCCUGUCCAUUCGCUGAUCUCGAUGAUUUGGAUAGACGGUUUGAAGCCCUUUUGGCUAGAUCAAUGAGCUUGGAUGGCAGCAAUAUGGCGACAGCCUUGCGAUCAUUUAGUUUCAAUGGUCGAGGUUCUGAACGUGCCAAUCUGAAAUCAUUCAGUUCUGGAAAUGUGUUAUUCAAAGGUUCGGUUAGCUUUAAAGGGAGGGAAUUGGGGACAAUGAUCUCAUUUAGAGCUCCUUCUAAUAUGGGGGAAAAUGUGUUUGUUAGAUCUGCUAGCCAUACAAUCAACAAAAGUGGUGAACAAUUGCCAACAGAUAGCAUGUUUGAGAAAACACCCAAAACCCCAUUGUUAGAAGAAGAAUCAGGAAACCAAAGAUCUCAGGCGGCAAUAAAGUUGCAGAAGGUGUACAAAAGUUUCCGUACCAGAAGACAGUUGGCGGACUGUGCUGUUUUAGUAGAGCAGAGAUGGUGGAAAUUAUUAGAUUUUGCUGAACUAAAGCAUAGUUCUAUAUCUUUCUUUGAAAUUGAGAAGCCACAAACUGCCAUUUCACGUUGGUCAAGAGCAAGAACCCGAGCUGCCAAGGUUGGGAAGGGUUUAUCAAAAGACAAAAGAGCUCGAAAACUUGCUCUACAGCAUUGGCUCGAGGCAAUUGAUCCACGACAUCGCUAUGGUCACAAUCUUCAGUUCUAUUAUGUCAAGUGGCUCCACUGCCAGAGUACACAACCCUUCUUUUAUUGGCUCGACAUUGGAGAUGGUAAAGAAGUCAAUCUUGAGAAAUGCCCCCGAUCAAAGCUUCAACAACAAUGCAUCAAAUAUCUUGGUCCGACAGAAAGGAAGGCUUAUGAAAUUGCAGUGGAGGACGGCAAGUUCUUCUACAAGGAAACACAGAAGCUUGUUGAUACAAGGGAAGGACCUCAAAACACCAAGUGGAUUUUUGUCCUCAGCGCCUCAAAAACAUUGUACAUUGGGCAAAAGCACAAAGGCACUUUUCAACAUUCAAGUUUCUUGGCUGGAGGGGCCACAUUAUCUGCUGGGAGAUUAGAGGUGGAGGAUGGUAUUCUCAAGGCAGUUUGGCCCCACAGUGGGCAUUAUCGGCCGACGGAAGAGAAUUUUGAAGAAUUAAUGUCAUUCCUGGAGGAGCACAGUGUAGAUCUUAGUAUUGUCCAGACAAGCCCAACAGACGAAGAAGAAGAAGCACAUGGCAAGAAGAGAAGUGGCAUUGCCAUACAAAACAGCUUAACAGAACUAGAUUUGACUAAAGUCAUUGAAGAAAUCAUUGCCAAAAGUUCUGCUCAAGAGAAAACUGAUUCUAGAGCACAAGAUUGCAAUAUUGCAGGAAAUACACGUAUACCCUUGCCACGAUUUUCCCGAAAAUUACACUCAAAGAUAACUACACUUGAAAUACCGAGAAAGGAUAAUGUGAUCAAGAUGUUCAAGAAAGAUGGACAAGAACAACAACUGGGGCCAAGUGGCAGCAUCCCAACUCCAACAGACGGGUAUGAAACAGCAGAAGAAGUUUUAUCAGACGAUGAUGAUUUCAUGAUUCCGAAACGGAACUUGUUUGAUGAGGAUGAGGAAGAAGAUUAUGAAGAUUCCGUACCAAAAGAGAAGAUUAUUCAGAGGAUAAAUUCACACAAAGGAACAGAAUCAUGUCAGUUGGCUCAGCGGUUAUCUUGCAAAUGGACGACCGGAGCUGGACCAAGGAUUGGGUGUGUGAGGGACUACCCUACAGAGCUCCAAAACCGGGCACUAGAGGAAGUGCACUUGUCUCCAAGAUGUGCUUUUUCCUCUCCAAGGAGAUCGUUCCGUCCGAGUCCUAGGGUUUUGACUCCUACAAAUUUGUGUAGAGAAACCAGUGCAGCCAGAAGUCCACUUGCUUUUGAUCAAGUGAUAUUGCAUAAAAUAUCAACACCAUAGUUUUAAUCUACAGGGUCAUGUGUUUUGAGUAUAGUAUGUAUUAGGACUUAUUUUCCAAUCUUUUUCUUUAAAAUUCUUUUACACAAUUCUUUUGUAGAUCGUAUGGCAAUGUAAAAAAGAGCAACUCGGUGUACAUUUUCCUGCUAAAGCGGACAUGGGAGGGCAAAAUGUACGCAAUUUUACUCCUAUUUCUGGAGAUCUUGUGAUAAGAUAUUGAGUGAAAAGUUAAAAGUUCAGUUCUCCUA